AUGCCAGUACACACCGAUCGAGAGAUAAAAGCAAACAGGCCAGAUAUAAUCAUAAAAUGGAAAGCUUCCAAAAGCUGCCUACCCAUCGAUGUGUCCAUCCCGACUGACAAGAACACUUCUAUCAAAAUUUGUGAGAAGCUAUCAAAGUAUAAAGAUCUGGAAAUCGAAAUCGAACGAAUGUGGGGUAUGAAGACAACAACUGUGCCAGUAGUGAUUGGAGCUCUCGGGAUCAUAAAGAAAGGGACAGAAGAUCUCAUCAAGAAAGUCGAUGGUAACAUCACACUGCAAGAGCUUCAGAAGACCACACUAAUCGGCACCGCACGCAUCCUUCGCAAAGUGCUAACUAUGAAGUAA